AUGGGAAGCGGCGUUGUUGGCGGGCGGAGCAAAAUGGCGGCGCUGGGCGCUGUGUGGGCGCGGGCCGGGAGCCGCAGCUUUUCCCCGCUGCGAGGUUUUCCCUUUCCGCUGCUCCCAAACGCUCUGGAGCCUCUUGCCGGGACUUCCAACGCCGCCGUUCUCUGCCGCGUCCCGGUCCCAGCGUGGAAUUUCCGACAAAUCCGUGGGAAAUCCCGGGGGAACGAGUACCAGCCCAACAACUGGAAGCGGAAGAAGACUCACGGCUGGAUCAAACGGAUCAGCACUCCCGGCGGGAUCGCCGUGAUCCUGCGGCGGAUGCUGAAGGGCAGAAAAUCUCUGAGCCACUGAGGGAGCCCCGGAAUUCUCCGGGAAUUCUCCUCCAGGAAUUCGGGAUGAGCCCGCCGGGCCCUGGAGGGCGUGCCAGCCCUGCUGGCCCUGUCACUCAGUGCCCCUGAGGGGUUUGGGGCGCGGCUGCUCCUUCGGCUGUUAAAUUAUCCUCGCGUUUUCCAUGUGUUUAUUCCAAGUUUUUAAAAGUUUGUUUGCUUAUAAACGUGCGAAUGCGGUGUGUGUUGAA